GUGGUUUCCCUUUUUACUAAUGUUCCUAUCGAAAGGGUUAUCGACAGUAUUUCAUCGAGAUGGAAAUACAUUGCCGACAAUUGCAAGAUCCCGGAAUCGGAGUUUCUUCUGGCUGUCAGAAUGGUAUUAGAAUCAACCUUUUUUAUGUUUAAUGGCGUAAUAUACCAACAGACUUUCGGAUCACCCAUGGGCUCCCCGUUGUCUCCCAUAGGGGCGGACAUAGUGAUGCAGGAUCUUGAGGAAAGGGCACUUGAGUUGUUGAGUUUCACUCCACCUUUCUAUGAGAGAUAUGUGGAUGAUAUUGCAAUGGCAAUACCUUCUACUGAAUGCACUCACACUUUAGAGGUAUUCAAUUCUUUUCACCCGAGAUUGCAAUUUACCAUGGAGGUGGGUGUGGAUGGCAGGUUGAAUUUUUUAGAGAUAACGAUGAUCCGGACUGAAAAUCGUUUGCAAUUCGAUUGGUUCCACAAAUCUACCUUCUCCGGGAGAUAUCUAAAUUUUUUGUCCCAGCAUCCCCAUUGCCAGAAGAAAGGAACAGUCAUUUGUUUAAUAGAUCGAGUAUUCAAGCUGUCGCAUCCUAAAUUUCACGAAAAAAACCUUAAAUUAGUGAUUCAUAUUUUGUUACAAAAUUGCUACCCGUUAGAAUUUAUUUUUAAGGUAAUGCAGGAACGAUUAAAAUUUCUUUUUUCCAAUAGCUGCAAUAAUGACGACGAGAACUCGAUAGAUAGGGUUCCUUAUUUCACGAUACCCUAUGUCCCUCAGUUGACUGAAAAAUAUAAGAAUUUAACUAAAGAUCUAAAUGUAAAACUCUCGUACUUCAGUUUAAAUAAACUGAAUAGAUAUAUCAGGGUACACAAAGAUACUCUCCCGAGUACAUCACAUAGGAAAGUUGUGUAUAAGAUUGACUGUGGGGAUUGUGAGGCAUCUUAUGUUGGUCAGACGGGGAGACAAUUACUAACGAGGAUCAAGGAACAUGAUUCGCAUAUUAGAAGGAAUUGUACGGGACAUUCAGUCAUAACGGAUCACAGAUUAGAACAUAAACAUGAGUUUAAGUGGAAUGAUGUUAAAAUAUUAGACCAAGAACCGUCGCUAAGCAAACGCUUGAUUUCCGAAAUGAUUUAUAUCAAAAGACAAAAAGAUGGCCUUAAUUUGCAGACGGAUACGGAAAAUUUACCGGAAACAUAUGUUAAUGUUAUCGAAGGACUUGCGAAGAUUUGACAUUACACUGUUGGUAUUUGUAAAGUGACGUAAAUGUUAUUGUAGGGACUUGCGAGAAUUUGACAUUAUAUUAUUGGUAUUUGUAACUUGACCUCUCACCGUAUGUAUAGUUGAUAACAUUGUCGAAUCGUGCGUGUCACUGUCAGUUGAAACGGCUUGUAAGACACAUCCACUUCACCGCUCAUCAUAAAACAAUAAGUUUUAUAACCGACUGACGAGCAUUGCGACUUGACUUUAUUGUUGACUUUAAAUCUGUAUCGCUACACAAUGACAAACGACAUUCUGCAGUUCAAAUUUUCUGGCACUUCAACCAGGAAAUUACACGACGAUGCUUUGGAACGUGUCGGAGUGCACAUCCGCCCUAAUUAUCGUUUGACUUGAUGUUUGCGGCGUUAAGGUUGUUUCUUACCAUACUUAUGUAAAAUUUUGUUAAUCAUUGCGCUGAGGAGGACCCCAAAAAAGGGUCGAAACGUUCGUCGUUAUUGUAUUCGAAAUUGAAUUAAAUUUAGCGGUCAAACAUCACGCUGGGCUCUUAUUGCC